AUGUGGUACCACUUAAUUGCUCUUCAACUGGUGGCCACAGCGGAUGUGAUCUCAGAUCCCUGCAUGGGACAAUGCCUUUCUGAAGAGGUUGGCGCCAGAGUCAUCAAUGAUGAUCACUCAACGCCUGCAAUUGGUUUGAUGCAGACCUUCUUGCAUUACAAACUUCGAGGCCAAAGCUUUGGCAAAGCGGAGGGAACCACGGUGACCGCUGUGCCGUCCUUCAAUCUGACCUUUGCUGGUGUUGAUCCAUCGAAUCCCUACCGCUUGCGUUCACUUGCCGAUGGUUGCCCCCUGAGCAAGGACCUGGGCUUCGAGGUGCCGUUUACCAUCAAGACCACGGCCCAAAUUCAAGCCUUCAGGGAGCUUGGCUUUAUUCGAUCGCUCCCUCACUGUGGUUGGACUUCAUUGACUUCAAUUUCGAAGUACUUCGCCAUAGGAGACACACUUGACAGGAACAACAGCCUUGCGAGAAACAUUUGUCUCGGCUGGGGAGCAGUUUCUAUCACCCUGAUGCUUUGGUCCUUCAUUUCUGUUUACAGGGUGCCCAGGAAAGGCACGACUGACACGGUGAAGACCGGGCUCGCCGAUGAGAUGAAGGCCUACCAGCGCGGAGUGUUCAAUUACAUGAGCCUCGGCUGGGUGGACGAACUCGUGGGGCGCUAUGGUAAAUGCUCUCAUGCUGUGAUCGACGACAAUGAGAUUGUGGUCAAUCGCCAGGAUGAGAACUUCGAACCCUAUGUGCUCUUCAAAAAGAACUGGGAAGAGGAGGUCAAACGCGCGGGGUCCGUGGAGAAGGCAUGGAUUUUGAGAGCACUAUACCACACAAUUGGCGGCAGAGCAGUUGCGUUAUUGUGCGUUUUGGCCCUGAUAGAGCAGCUGAGCUCGGGAGUGGUCAUGGUUAUUGGCCUCACCAUGUUCCUGAACUGUCUGGAGGAGUUGGACACGUAUCGACUAACACAUCCAGGUGAGCCGAUAGAUUUUCUAUCUCCAGUAAUCCUGACUUUGGUUUGGAUUUGGGGUUCUCCGAUGAUCUUCCGCGGAUCUGGAAUCAUUGCUUGCCUGGUGGAUGGGCACUAUACACAGAUUUGUGCAUCAGGUUUGGCAUCGAUUGUGUUCCACAAGGCCUUGAGGACACCGGCUGGGCAAGUGAAGUCAGAGAGGGACGUGGUAAAUGAUGAUGAAGAGGUCGAUCCUUUGGGCCUGCACAAACCCAAUCUGGUGCAGCUGCUCAAUGUGGAUAUUGUGGACUGUUGGGGUGGCCUCGUUGCUGAAACCUUUGGUACGAUCACUGCGCCAAUCUCUGCAAUUAUACUCCUGGUGAUCAUGAUCCAUCAGGUUGGCGACGCCUCGGCAACAGUCGGAGCAACCUAUGUGGUUCCUGUGAUGCUGCUCUCUACGAUUUUCGCAAGAUUUGGAAUGCACUUUUGGAGGAAGUACCAAAUAUGCUUGGACAAGCGCAUGAAGUGGCUAACUGAAACGCUCAUUUCAAUUCGCACAGUGAAAGCACUGGCCUGGGAACGCCUAUCCUAUGAGAGAUUGAUGGAGGCACGGGAUGGCGAGCUCAAAAACGCCAGGACCAUUAUCAUGCUGUCUGGCAUUAUUACCGCGAUUGGCCACACCGUGCCGUGGGGAGUGAUGAUUAUCACCAUUUGGUUCGCCGAGAGAAACGGCCCCGUGGAAGCACAUAAGAUCAUGAUCAUCCAACGCGUCAUUGGAGCCUUGCUGGGCAAUAUCGCGCAGCUGUCUGCUGGCCUUACGAGACUGAUGACAGUGCCCAACAGCUUCAACCGAAUCAAGCGUUUUUUAGCCCAACCCGACCGCCCAAAUAACGUGGUGCGGCAGCCAUCUUUACAGAACCAGAAUGCACCUGCCCUUCGGGUGACAGGCAGCUUCACAUAUGGCGGAACGAAGCCAAACCUGAAGAACCUGGACGUUGCAAUUCCGAAGGGGGAGUUGGUCGGUGUAAUUGGUCGAGUUGGCUCCGGGAAGACAACGUUCUUGCAGACCAUCAUUGGAGAACUGUACCCUAUAGAGAACAGCUUCGUGGAGGCUCCGGAUGCUUCGUCCGGCAAUGUCGCUUACUGCUCCCAGGUUCCUUGGAUCUUUGAGGGCACUUUGCGCGAGAACAUCGUGACGAAGUCAGCCAUGCACCAUGAUCGAUACUAUAGUUGCAUCUCUGCAGCUGGACUGGCACCCGAUUUGCAAAUCUUGCCUGGGGGUGACCAGGUGACCAUUGGCUCCUUCGGAAUCCGCCUAUCGGGUGGCCAACGAGCCCGCGUCGCACUCGCACGUGCAGCAUACAUGGAGGCGGCCAAUCUUGUACUGAUGGAUGAUCCUUUUGCGUCCGUGGAUGGCCCAACAGGCCAACAUAUCUUCAAUGAGCUUAUUCUUGGUUCUGUGAUGCGUGGCCGGACGCGAAUUGUCGUCACCCAGCCGGACAAGAUCCGGCUCCAACACUUUGACCGUGUGCUGCUCUUCGAAGACGGCUGCAUUGUAGCCAUGGGCCCACCAGCUGAGGUGAUGGAAACGGAGUCCUUCAAGCGAAUUCAAGCACAGGUUGAUGAAGAAGAAGUCCAGGUUCUUGCCAAAGGCAGCAGCCCAGCUCUUGCUCCCAGAAUGGACGUGGCACUUGCCGUGAAGGAAGCCAACGAAGCAGGCAUGCUGCUUCGUGAAGAGGAAGUCAGAGAAGACAUCACCUGGCCAACCUUUUGGUGGUGGGUGAAGACUGCAGGCUACACAAAUUUAUUUGUUGUCUUGUGCGCGAUCAUUCUCCAGGCAGUUGUGGAGCUCCGAGAGAGCUUGGUCAUUGCCGUAUGGGUCGACUCGAAGGUGACGCAGGCAAACACAUCAGAUAGCAUCUUUAUGACCCGGGUCAUCGUGGUUGUGCUGUGCUGUUGCGUUUGCAUUAGCAUCACAUACAUUUCAGUUUCGGUCACUGCGCUGGCGGCAGCACGGCGUAUUCAUGACGAAGUCAUCAGUCGCUUGCUGAAAGCUCCUGUGGACAGGUUCUAUGACAAGCAUCCAGUGGGCCGACUAAUCAACCGCCUCUCCUUUGACAUGAAGCAGGUAGAUGAGACUUUUGUCACCACCCUCUUUGGCCUGUUGCAAUUGUUCAUUGGUAUGGUGACAACGAAUUUAUUCGUUCUCUCUGUCAUGCCUCGAUUUGUCUCCGUAUGCUCCUUUCCCAUCUAUGCUCUCACGCUCUACUUCGUCUAUUUAUAUCGAGGUACUGCCGUACCUUUGGUGUUUCACUCGAAGCACUGCUUGUCUUCUUUACAAGAUCUACAAGCGGUUGUCGUUACGCAGUGCAUCUCGAUCCGGGCGAAUGGUAUGAUGGAUAGCUUCAUGUCGCGCUACAAUCACUAUUCUCAUAGUGUGAUCCGCUCCCAGAACUUGAUCUAUUACAUUUGCAGAGCUUGGGCACAGUCCCGCGUGUUUCUUUGCUUUGGUGUUCUCACGGGAUACUUUGCUCUCAGCGGACUGUGGUAUGGUGUGCCGAUGGGGCUUCUGGCCACAUGCGUCAGCUUUUCUGUCUUUCAGAUGUCUUCGUUUGAAGGCUUAUGCCUUUCCUUCACGCAUUUUCUGAAUGUCCUCAACGCCCUGCAGCGCCUUGCAAAAUAUACCCAAGUGCCUGAAGAGGCGGCCUCUGAUAAUCCCAUGGACUUUUCCGUCCUGAAGCGCAGCAAGAUCCGCCGCGAUGAGCUGGUGCCUUUGCAGAUGCGAGCGGAGGCUGGUGCCACUGGAGGAGUCAAGACACCUCACCUCUCUGACAGUCUCUAUUUUCCAUGUUGCAUCCCUCACACUUGA